GCGGUGGUUCCCGUGCUGAUCCACGCGUACCCGCAAUGGAUCAAAGGCGGGUAGGGUUCACAGGCGUCGACGUAUUCUUCGUUAUCUCUGGCUACCUCAUCUCGGACAUCCUCUUCAAGGAAAACGCCAGAGGCUCAUUCACGUACGCCGACUUUUACUCGCGCCGCAUCUUCCCUGCGCUGCUGAUCGUGCUCAUGUUCACGCUGGUCGUGGGCUGCGUGUGGCUGCUGGACAAGGCGGUCCAGUCCAUGGCCAUCACCCUCGUGCCCGGGACGCUCUUUGUGUGACGGUCGUAGGGGUUUAGACGCACAAAAGUUACGAAGGUCCGGAGGUUCGGACUUCAGGACCGGAUACUCUCGGCUUGGCCAAGAAGAACACAGCAAGAAAGGAGUAGAUCCAAUGUUA